AUGCCUGUGAUGCAAGAGCUCUGGGGGAAAAUCACACCAAAGCUAUCUGAAGUUUCUCUAGAGCAACCUGAAGCGGCUGCCGUCUAUUUGUCGAAAAAAGACGGUAAAAUAACCGUUGUUGGCAUGAAGCAUGUUGCUGAUCCACUCAUCGAAUGCAUUGACGCCAUCAUUCAAUUGUCUUCAGAUGAGUUUAGGAAAGAGAAACAAUGGACAAAAGAAACUGUAACGGGACUACGUCAAAUUCAAACACGGAUGCUUCUUGCGGACAAAUUUCCUACAAAAAUGGCAGAAACUUUUCCUGACAUUAAAGUUAGAAUAAAUGAAGGAAAGAACGAAAUUUUUAUCGAAGAGAAAGUUCGUAUAUUUUCAAAAGAUGAUGAACAUGCGUUCAAAAUAUCUGGUACAAAAGAUGGAAUGGAGCAGGCAAAGAUUCUAGUUGAAGCACUGUUGAGAAAGGUAAACCAAGAGAAACACGAAGUCAGAAAACCAGGUCUUGGAGACUAUAUGCAAACUGAGAAGGGAAGUAAAAUAACGCGAUCUGUUGAAUCGGUGUUUCCAUGUGUUAUAGCCAUAAAUGACGAUAGUGAUGAUAAUGAUGACAUGGGAAAUGAAAACAUUUGUGUAAUUGCAAGCUGUACUGGUCUUGAAAAACGAAGAAUAUUUGUUGCCGUUGGUGAUAUGUCAGAAAUAAACGUCGAGGUUAUUGUUCACCCUUCUGAUGACAAAAUAGAUUUAUCUGAAGGACUAGGAAAGGUGUUAAAAAUGAAAGGAGGACUCGCGCUUGAACACCCUUGCAGAGAUUAUAUCAAAAACAAUGGCCCUCUGUGUGAGGGAGAAGUGCUUGUAUCCCCGGCAGGAAACCUGAAAGCAAAGCACAUAAUGCAUGUGGUUGGUCCGGUUUGGAAGGAAGGUACCCACCAAGAGGAUGGACAGUUGACAGAGGUGGUAUUCAUGACAAUGAAACAGGCGUCUAUGAGAAAUCUGAAAUCACUUGCCAUGCCUGGUAUAAGUUGUGGUGUUUAUGGAUUUCCUGUUAAGAAAGCGACAGGCAUUAUUGUAGCGGCCGUCAAGAACUUUUUCCGAGAGGAACAAGAUAGCUCUUUGACUGAGAUCUACCUGUGUGAUAUGAAGAAAGACACUGUUGAUGCUUUUACUGAAGUUCUACAGAAGGAAUGGGGUGCUCAAAACGUGAAUAAAAAGCCACAACGUCGGAAAUCUGCAGAGGAUUCUAAUGAAGAUGCCGAAUAUUUAUACGAGGAACUUCCGGGAGCAAUGUCCAUUGACCCUUAUUCUUUUGGGAACAUAAGACUUACAAUCAAGUCAGGCGACAUUACUGCUGAGGAUGCUGAGUGCAUUGUUAACAGUUCAAAUGAGGAAUUGGAUUUCAAAAGAGGAAAAGUUUCACAGGCGUUGAUGAAGAAGUGCGGGAAGUCACUUUUGCAGGAGGCACACUCAAAGAAGGGUGACAUGAAGAAUUACGAAGUGGUUAUAACGAAAGCUCCGCAUUUGAAGUGCCGUCAUAUUAUGCAUUUUGUGGCUAAAGAGUCGCCGCAGGCCUGGAAGCAGAUUAUCGUCAAGUGCUUAGAACGUGCCAAGAAAAAGGGCUUCCGUAGCCUUGCAUUCCCUGCAUUAGGAACUGGCAUGAGUGCUAGAGUCGCUUCCGCAACUGCACAAAUAAUGGUUCAGGCGACAAAGGAGUUUGCAGCGGAUGGCUGUGGCAGCUUAGUAGACAUCAGAUUAGUAAUUUUUCAGAAAGAGAUGAUUGAAAGUUUUCACAGUGCAGUUCGCAAGGCAAAAGGCUUACAGGUAAUUGGCAAAGAAUCGCCUCCAUCUAAACAGCCUUCCCUUCGAACGGCUGGUAAGUGCAAUACAGGUUCGGACGUUGUGCAAUUCACAAUGUGGGCUCUUGAUCAGAAAGCUAUAUCAGGAGCAAUUAAUAAGCUCAAGAGUUACAUAGAACAUGAAGUGUCCAGGAAAGAGUUUAUGGACUCCAUCAUUUUAAGGAUGGAUGACAGACAGCUAAAGGAACUCAAGCGGAAAGUGGAAGAAUACCAUGUCGAGUGCAAAUUGUUUGAUGGAACCAUUCAGAUUUUUGGUGUUAUGCAGAAUGUGAUCAAAGCUACAGAUGAUAUAUACACUUGUUUACGAGAUGCUAUAAAGAUAGAGCAAGAUCAGAAUGCCGCGAUGAUACUCAAGGAUGCCGUCCAGUGGUAUUGGAUAGAGCAGACCGAAAUGGAUGAUGAUCUUAAACCCUACGAGUCUAUGUUGAAUUUUCAAAUAGAGCAGGCUUUCAAUGCACUGAACGACAAGUUCACUUACAUCGAUCGGGGUGACACAAUCGUCGUAGACUUUAAAGACUAUAGUGAGUAUUGCCAGUCAAAACCUGAUGAAAAGGAUGUCAUUAUUCGAAAAGAUUUGAUCAAAGAAUUUCGCGGAGAGGUUCCAUUCAUUUGGAAACCCAUGAAGGGGAAUUUACUGUACUAUAAGAUGGCCCCUGCAUCCCAGGAGUACACGGAUAUUGCAGGGAAAUUCAGUGCUACAAGUGGGGCAGGCUUCACUAUUUAUGCGAUCGAGAAAGUUCAAAACAAAUCACUAUGGCUACAGUAUGAGGCGAAAAAGAAACAACUCGAGGGCCAAAAUCCUGCAGGAACGAAAAGCGAGCAAUUCCUGUGGCACGGUACAUCUGAAGACACCGUGGACAGUGUCAACGCUCAUGGCUUUAACAGAAGCUACUGUGGAAGGAACGUGGCCUACGGAGAUGGUGUUUACUUUGCAGUACAUGCAAGCGACCCUUGCUCUAAUACAUAUUCAAUACCAGGAAAAGAAGGAUUAAAACGAGUAUACUACUGCGCUGUCCUUACCGGUGUGUUUAUCUUGGGAAAGCAAGGGAUGCGUUUCCCGCCGCCGAAUCCUAACGGAGGAAAGAAUGCCCUGUACGACUCGGUGGUUAACAACGUUAGGAAUCCGGGAUUGCAUAUAAUCUUCAACGACACCCAGGCCUACCCUCUCUACAUUGUGACAUUUAAAUCACUGUAG